UUUCGCAUUUAUUCUCAACAAUUUACUGCUGAACCGCCUGAACCCACUGCUAAUAGUUACUUAACCUUAAAUGACCGAAGUAUUAAUCAGCUAAUAGAUGAUAUUGAUAAAAGUGCUGAAAACAUUUCUGGACCAGAUUCAGAAUUUAUACAAAAUUAUAUGGAUAAUCAACCUGACGAUACAGAAGUAAUAAAUGUAUCUGAUAUUUUAUCAAAUUAUGAAGACACUGACAAUGAAAAUAAUGACAAUGAAGAUGUUGACAUAAUUUUAUCGAAUCAUAUGACAUGUUCAGCACAUACCUUAAAUUUUGUAGCUACAACUGAUACUGCCAAGAUUACAGAUUUAAGUUACAAAAAAAUAUCAAGAUCUGCCUUUGGUAAACUUUUAUCUUUCUGGAAUUUGCUAAGCAGAAGUACUGUGGCUUCAGAUCUAACUUAUAAAAUAUGUCAAUGUAAAUUUCCAAUACCUGUAGUUACACGAUGGAACUCUUUCUUUGAUUCCACCAAGAGGUUAUUCUUUGCCGUAUAA